AUGGACAACAACCAAAAAAUAUUAAAUAAUAACAUUAAUAAUUUAUGUGCAAUUUCACAAAUUCAAAACACAAGAAAAACUUUAAAAAAUUUAAAUUUGGAAAAUGAAAUUCCAUGGGUGUCAAAGUGCAAAAAAAGGCAAAAAAAAAUUAAAACUCCAGAUAAAUUAAUUUCUCGUGUAACUUCAAACUUAUUAAAUUUAUUAGCAAAUAUGUCAGAUAAUAAUCCAUUAUUUUCAGAAAUUAAUAAACAAAUAGUAAAAGCUAAUCAACUUAUUGGAGAAAUUCCAGAAGAAAAUAAUGAAAUAAUAGAAUCACUUAAAAAUUUAAUCACAGUAUAUAGCAAAUAUCGAGAGGAUAUUGUUAAAAAAAUCGAAAACUUUAAAAAAAGUUUAAAUGAUAAUGAAGAUAAUAAUAAUAAUUUCAAUUUUAAUGAUGAAGAUCUUGAUUAUUUUUUUCAACCUGUAGUUAAAAUAUUAAAAGAAGAUUUAUUGCCCCGAGAAAUAUUAUUAACUUUAGCUUUUAAAAUCGCAUCAUUCUGUACAAAAAAAAAUGAAUUUGUUAAAAAUAAUAAAUAUGGCAUAUCAUGUGGUUCUAUUAUUAAUAGUGUUUACUUCAAAGUUGAUAACGGUAGUGGUUUCCUAUGCCCGGUCAGAGAGAAUGCGGUUUAUACCUUUUACAAAAUUUUUUUUAAUAGUGAAACUUAUAUAUCACCAACUCAAAUGAUCUUUUUAAAAAAAAUGCCCAUUACCGUUGCAGAAAUUAAAGGAAGACUAAAUAAAAAAGAUUUAAAAUUUCAAAAUAGAAUUUUACCCAAUGUAAUUCAAAUGGAACCAAAACUACUGGAAAUGAUGGAUUUUAUGUGUAAAUGUACUCAGAUUUCAAUUCAAGCAUCUCAUCUAAUAUCUGGAAUCCCCUUCAAUGAUUUUCUUGAGCAACAAAAAGAUAAUACAUCAAAUCUUUCAUCAUUCAUAGAUAUAAAAAGCUUCAGUAUACAUUUCAUCUCAAGUCUACUGCUUUUACCAAACGAUAGCAAACCUGAUAACUUUAUUUUACAAGAUAACAAAACACUAGUGGGCAUUGACAAUGAUUGCUCCAUUUUAAACGACGAAUUUCAAAAAACAAAGGAUAAUUAUUAUGUCAAAUCAAAAAACAUUUUUUAUACCCUCCCGCUAAUGGACGAAUUUAUAGACAACAGCAUUAUAGAUAUCUUUAAAGAAAUGGAUAUAGAGUUAUUUAUUUUAGAGUGGCUAGGAAAAUCAAAUCAAAAAGAAAUUUUAAUAGGAAAAAUGCUACGUGAAAUCAUAAAUUCAUCAGAUAUUGAAAUGUACAAAAAUACCCUAUCAUUACCAACCGCAAUUCCAGAUGGAUGGAUAACAAAAUUUAUCAAUAGAUUUACAAAAAUAAAGGAAGAGUUUAAUUCUUUUGAUACUCCAGUUACCCACAGACAACUAUUUAAAAAAAUUUCACCAUUUUUAUCACUUUAUUACGAAUCACUUGCAAAAUGGGCAGCAAAAAUUCCUGUUGAAAAAAGAUUAGAAGAUUACAAAUCAGAUUUCAAUUAUCAAAUGUUUCUUCUAUAUGUAGAAAAACUACCUUUCAUCCAGAUGUGUGAUGAACAUUCUGGAUUAGAACAAAAAGAUUUAUUGCCAAUAUAUGAGAAUUUGAAAAAAUCAGAGUUUUUGUAUCCAAUAGAAAACAAAUUGCUAUUCCAAUAUCAAAAACAUCAAUACUCAACAAUAGAAGAACUGAUAACUUUUCAACUAAGAUCAACGGUCUAUAGUAAAGAGAACUUUAAUAUCGAACGACUUUCAAGAUUUUUUAAAAUUAUUAACAAUUUAACCAUGAAUGAAACCAAUUUAACAAUUAAACUAUCAAGUGAAAACUUUCAUUCGACUUGGGAACAUAACAAAUAUUUAAUUUUGCUCAGGUUAAUUAAAAAUGGAGAAAGUGAAACAACAAUAGAAAACACUAUAAAAAUAUUCGAAAUUGAUUUAAAUAUUGAGUUGAGCAAAAAAAAAGAAUCAACCUUUCAUUGUGUUAUAAGAUCAAAACAGUCGAAUGAAAUUAAAAUAAAACAACUCGAAGUGUUAAAAAGAUAUGGUGCCGAUAUUGAAGUAAUUAAUGAACAUGGUUCCAAUACUACUCCACUAGACUAUGCCGCUAUGGAAGAAAAUAAUCAACUAUUUGUGUGGUUUAUUAAAAACGGAUCAGGUUCAAAAUCCAUGGAUUUAAAAACAUGUGCAUCUUUUUAUUACGGACUCUUAUACUCUGAAAAAAAAGAAUUAGAACCGUAUAUGAACUCUCUCUACCAUAUAAACCAAAAACUAGCUUGGAAAUUUGCAACUAAAUCUUUACUUCCAGUUAAUGAAGAAUCAAAAACAGAAACAAAAACAAACACAAAAUCAAAUUCAAAAAUAGUUAAAACUUUUAAAAAAACUAGAAUUUUAAAAGAAGAGUAUAUAAAUCAAAUAUUCGAAACUGAUGGUAAUAUCUUGAUCCCAAAGAAAAAUAACCUAGGUAAAAGUGCAGUACCUUUCAUUGAAGAUUUCGGCCUUAGAAUCUAUUUCAAAUUCUACCCCAUAUACCCAGGUAAUGAAAAAUCUGUAUUUAUACUAUCAGAUCUACUAUUUGGUUUGUGUACACCGUUUUCAAAAGUGGUAGUAAUAGAAAAAAUAUUUCCUGUUCUUUUAAUCCAACAUGUUCCAGGAGAAGAAUUAAUUUAUAAGCUUAUUAAAGAAUCAUCACCCAUCAGAAAUACAAUCCAUUCAAAUGAAUUUAGUAUUGAAUCAAUUGAUGAAAAAGAUUUAAUCCAAAAACCAAUUGAACUCGAUCAAAUCCAAGAAAAAAAUCUAUCAAAACAAUUGAUUCUUGCAAUGCUUAUUAAUGAUGCAGAUGGAAAUUUUGGUAAUUUUAUCAUUUCAAAAGUAUCACCGAAUCAAUAUCGAAUAGUUUCAAUUGAUAAUGAACUUGCAUUUGCACCACCAAUAAUUACCAAUGGCAAACCAAUAAAAUCCAUAGGUAGUUCAAAUGCUCUAUUGGUUUUGGAUCUAAUGUUCAAAAAAGUCGACAUCAGCACUAUAGAAGAACUCAAAUCAAUUAAUAUUGAGGAAAUUAUUCAAAAGUGGUUAAAAAAACUUGAAAAGAAACAUAAUCAAUCAACAAAAUUAUUUUAUAAAAUUAACGAUCUAAUUAGUGCAUCAACUAUCGUAGGAAUUCCAAUGUACGAAAAUUUAAUUUACAAAAUCCAUACCAAGCUAUUAAGACUAAAAAAAGAUCUUACAAAUGAAAUGACAUACUUUGAUGUAUUUAUUUUACUUGAACCAGAGUUAGCAAUUAGAGUCAAACCAAUUUUAUACAAUCCAUCACUAUCACCAUUUAAAAGAUAUACUACCCUUAAAGAAUUAAAACUGAAAUCAAAAACCUCCCAAAUAUCAGGCAAUACAAAUCCAAUCAAUUUAUUAUUAGAAACUAGCAUCAUACCAUACUAUAUGGAUAUUAUAAAAAUGGGUAAUUUUAAACCAAAUAAUGCAAUCGCGGAAUUUAAUAGAAUCAUGGAGCAGGUAAAUCAAUUAAAUAAUAUAAAAUCAAACCAGCCAUUAAACACAACUUUUCUACCAGCAGCUAUUGAAAUGGUUUUAUAUGAUUUAAAUUUUGGGGCAUUGACCAAACAAGAGGAAAUUAAUUUUUUCAAUUUCAUCAAAAAAAAUAUUCUAAAUGUUUGUUCAGUAUAUAUUAAAGGUAGUAAAAUAUUUUCAUCAAAUCAUUUUGACCGCUUAUUCAGUCCGACCCCAAUCACAAGAAUUAAUAUUACUAACUCGCCAACAUUUGAAGGAUUUUUAGAUAAAGUAUUUGUAUCACUCACACACUUAUAUGUAGAAGGCUGUUCAAACCUUACGAAAAUAAGAAUCAAAGCAAAAAAUUUGAUAUAUUUGAAUGCUUCCAGAUGUCCUUUAAUAGAAGAAAUCAUAUUAGGUACCCCACACUUGGAAUGCUUGCUUUUAAAGGAUACCAUUACAAACAAGAAUUACCUCCUUCUUGACAUAGUUUCAAAAUAUAAAAAUUUAAAACUAUUAGAUAUAGGAUUUAGCAAAGAAACCCAAAUCGAUUCAUUAGAAUUAUACUUUAUUUUACCAGAUCUCAAACAGUUUUUAGCAAAUAAUUUAAUUGGAAUUGAAAAACUAAUUAUAUAUAUGCCACAAGUAAAGAAAUUUGAAGCAAAUUUAUCAACAGCAAAUUUUAUAUUUGAUGGGAAAGCAUAUUAUGAUAAUAAUAAAUAUACACAAUUGGCAGAGUCAAAAAAGAGACGAAUUUUGAUCAAUAUAUUUGGUUCAAAUAAUUCAUUUUCUCACUACUUUUUAAACUAUUUCGAACAUAAUGUAAAAUCUUUAGGUAUUGGUUGCAUUCUUUCACUAAACUUUAGAUCAAGUCUUUCCAUGUGUUUUACCGAAAAAAAAAAAGACUUUUAUUUUCAAACCCUUUUCUGCAACAGCUUUAUUUUCGUCAUAUUGGAAUUGGAUAAUGAUGACUCUCGAAAAUUAAUAAAUGAAAAUUUAAAAUGCUAUUUUGGAAACAACAAAAAAUUUACCAAUCACAUAAAAUUUAUUUUAAUUACAAUAGGCGAAGAAAAAACAAAUCAAUCAAAAAUCAAAAGUUUAAAGAAAAAUUUAGAUUUUUCGUUUGAAAUUAAUAUUCCAACUGUAAAAGUCUCAACACCUGUUAGGAAGGUAUUAAGAAAAUCUGAAACAUCCAAAAAAACAAAUUACAUCGACCCCGAUCAAAUAUACUCAUGGACAAAGGAUUUAGUUUUACUAAAUAAUUUAUCAUAA